GCUUCACGAUCAGCACAAAGCAGGGAGAUGUAAGUUGAAUCGAGGCGACGGUCAGAGAGGUGACAAUGAGGUCGGGCGGGGGAAUGAAUUUCCAGCAGCCGGCCCGACUGUCAAGGUGGAUUCGGCAGAUGUGAGGAUCUUGCAAAUUUCUACUUUUGUCCCGUGGUUUGGAUCUUUACAUUGCCAUCAUUUUUAAAGAGCAGGCAGCAGGGAAAGUGUAAAAUUCCAGCUCGGAGCUCAGCCUUGAAAAGAAACUGAGCGACUCUAAAUCUCUCAUGAGUAUCUGAAUCAAGGAAGACCCUCAACAAGAAGACCAGCUUUUUGCUUCAUACUUUGUAUACUUUUGUAUCUGCCUCAGGAAUAUUGCGAGCUUGUCAGUCCAUUUAUCAAGCGGGAAGUGAUUUCUAACACAAGCAAGGCGUGUGGCACUUGCCCCAGGGACAAGGCCACCUUUUACAACUAAACACCGUCCCGGACCAGAAGAAGCCUCACUCUCGCAGCUCAUCCACUCGCAGUUCAUCCAGUCGUUUUAAAGAAAAGAUCCAAGAUGCAGGUCUCACUGGUGUGUACCGACCACCGCGGCGGUGUGAGCCGCACCACGGAAGACCGUCUCAACCGGCAAAACGCCAACAGCCCCGGCACAGGGACACGAAGCAAAUUCCGAGCUGUGGCCAUGGUGGCUCGAAGUCUUGGUCAGCUCUCUGUUCAGAGUGUGCCGUCUUCCAGCGAGCAAAGCAUGAGGACCGGCAUGAAGUAUAGAAACCUUGGGAAGUCGGGUCUGCGUGUGUCUUGCCUUGGAUUAGGAACAUGGGUGACGUUUGGCGGACAAAUUACAGAUGAGAUGGCAGAGCAGCUGAUGACUCUGGCGUAUGAAAACGGCAUCAAUCUGUUUGACACGGCCGAGGUCUACGCUGCUGGGAAGGCUGAGGUGGUGCUGGGGAACAUCAUCAAAAAGAAAGGAUGGAGACGCUCAAGUCUGGUGAUAACAACAAAGAUCUUUUGGGGAGGAAAAGCGGAGACUGAAAGAGGUUUAUCUCGAAAACAUAUUAUAGAAGGUUUAAAAGCUUCUCUGGAGCGACUCCAGUUAGACUACGUUGAUGUAGUAUUUGCAAACAGACCGGACCCCAACACGCCUAUGGAAGAAACGGUUCGGGCGAUGACCCAUGUGAUAAAUCAAGGCAUGGCCAUGUAUUGGGGGACAUCCCGCUGGAGUCCCAUGGAGAUCAUGGAAGCAUAUUCCGUUGCACGACAAUUCAACCAGAUCCCUCCGAUUUGCGAGCAGGCCGAGUAUCACAUGUUUCAAAGAGAGAAGGUGGAGGUGCAGCUACCUGAAUUAUUCCAUAAAAUAGGUGUCGGGGCCAUGACGUGGUCGCCGCUGGCCUGCGGGAUCAUCUCAGGGAAAUAUGACGGAAGGGUGCCCCCGUACUCUCGGGCCUCUCUGAAGGGUUACCAGUGGUUAAAGGACAAGAUCUUGAGCGAGGAGGGUCGGCGUCAGCAGGCGAAGUUGAAAGAGCUGCAGGCGAUCGCGGAGCGGCUGGGCUGCACUCUGCCCCAACUCGCCAUCGCGUGGUGUCUACGUAACGAGGGCGUCAGCUCUGUCCUUUUAGGGGCGUCCAACACUGACCAAUUGAUGGAGAACAUAGGAGCCAUUCAGGUUCUCCCUAAGCUGUCGUCAUCUAUCACGCACGAGGUGGACAGCAUCCUGGGCAACAAGCCGUACAGUAAAAAGGACUACCGUUCUUAACGCCCGGUAGCCUCAGCGCCUCUCGCCUUUUUGCCUGAUCCUCCGUUUGCUUGAGCUUCAACCCUUGAGCGAGAACCCCCGCCCCCCAUUGCUCCCAUGCCCCAAAUCCCCCUCCCUCAACCUGAACCCUCCUGGCGCAUGAGUGUGGUCGCACCAAAAGGCCACCAGGGGGCUCCCUCGCUCACACUUCCAGGGAUAUAAGAAAAAAAGAGGAAAAAAAAUGGCAUCUUUCGAGAGGUUUGCAAGUCAGACUUUGAUUAAGAAAAAGAGUGAAAAACAAAAUAAGCACACGCUGGUUUGGGUGCUCUGAUGUUGUUCUGCCACGCCCAGCAAGCUGAUGGUCAUACGUGAAGAACACGUGUUCUCGUGUUAUCCUCCACGUCGUCUUGUGUUUGCGUCUUUGUCUGACAACAAUCAGCACUUUAGUAUGGUCAGUGUCGGUAUCCUACCGCAUUCUUAGCCCGCACACAUUGCACUAGACAAGAAGAAGAAGUGGCCUCAUGGUAGUUUCCUCAAAUUGACAUCCACCAUCUCUACCAUUUUUUUCAGUUAUUUUAUUGAGAUGCUCCACACUCCUGUUGCCUCUUUCAGUACCCCCCUGAGGCUCUUCCAUCAUCCUCAUAUGCAUAAUUAACACACUUGUGUCUUUAGCAUUAGCAUUUGCUAUACCAAUUACCGUUUUUUUCCAUGUAUAGUGCGCAAAAUUUAACUAAUUUAUUGUCCUAAAAUCUGGGGUGCGCAUUAUACAUUGGUACAAAAAUAUAUAUAUAUAUAUAUAUUAUUAUUUUUUUAAUCCGGAUAUGAUACGGAGGCCGCCAUUACAGAUGCGCUUUCUUCUCUGCUGUUCACUUCAAACACGCUCCAUACGAACACAAUGCUCUCGUAUCAGACGCUUGCUCGAUCACCUGCUCGUUUGCUGUCACAAUGUACCCUACACAAAUCCGAAACAUUUCUUCGCUAUCGAGUUUGCUAGCGCAUGCGCAGUGAUACUGACCGGCAGAAUAACAUCCGGUUGUUCCCAAAGAUGAUCUUUUUUCUGAAAUAAUUUUACGUUUACGGCCUUAAGUAGGAGUCAAAAUUUGGGUGCGUAUUAUACAUGGGUACAGGCUUUUUUCCAGCAUCAACAUGCCAUUUUUAGGGUGCGUAUUAUACAUGGGGGCGCAUUAUACAUGGGAAAAAACGGUAGUUCAAGGAAGCAGGUAACUUUAGUUUUAAUGUUAGUUGGAUGAAGCAGACGUGACAUUUUGAUCACUAUCAGACGAUGUUAAUAUGCUUGUGUCUUAAGUUUUUAAUAUUAACGUCAGCUUUAGCUUUAACGGCUUCAGCUAGAGAAGCAGCCAUCUUGGAUCCUUGUUGCCAUUAAUCGGCGUUAACUUACCUCGGUCUUCGACUUAAUGUAACCUUUAGUUUUAACGUUACCUAGAGCAAGUAGCUGUUGUUCGCCAUUAAGGGUGUUAACAUUUAUGUGUCUUUAACUUCAGUGUUAGCUAUCGGGAAUUCGGCACCAGAGUGGAACCAAACCCUAAACAUUGUAUGUGUAAGCGCUUUUCAAAACGGAUUAAUGUCACAAUCAUGGAAUAAGAAUUAAAUGGAAUCUCUAAUGAGGGUAAAACAUCUUGGUUUUUGUGGCCGUGUUGGCUGUUGUUCACUGUCAGAGGCUAUUAACGUGCCUAUAUCUUUCAUUUCAACAUCGGCUUUAACAUUAACGUAGAGUGAGAAGCUUGGCAUCAAAGGCUGCUUAUGUGCCUAUGUCUUUUUUUAUGCUAAGAGCAUGAUAUCAAACUCGGGACUUGCUAACCAGAGCUCGGGUCUUAAGCUAUUUUAGCAUGUUACCAACAGAAGUAGCCAUCAAGGAUCUUGUGUAAUAUGACAUCUUUCAUGUUAGCUUUAGUCAUUUUGGCUCUUGUGUUGUUGAAUCAGAGAGUGUUAAUGUGCCUGUGUCUUUAGCAUUCAUGCUAAUGCAAGGAAGGAACAUCACAGUAUGCUACCACACCUAUUUUCUUUGCUUUAAACAUGAGCUAAGGGAAGCGGUUGGUUAUCUUGACACAUCUUGGGACAAUGAUGCCGUACAUGAUUUUUUUUUUAACCUUUAACAUUGGCUUUUGUAUUAAUGUUAGCGGAAGUGAAAAACAUGUCUCAUCAAACCUGAAGAAAAAUUGUGUGUGUGCGCUCUAUAUGCAUAUGCAGUAUGAAUAUCUGGAGGAUCCCCAGUGGGGUACAUUCAUGCUCGUCUACUUUUUAGUUGCAAAUGUAAUCUUGGCAUAACAAAGUCGCUUUGGCAGCAAGCAGUCUGUGUGAGGAAGAGACAUAUUUUUGUUGUGUGUGUGGCAACACUUCAGGGAAGCAUGCGGGUGUUUUUUGGGUGGAUUUGUGCUUAACCUAUUUGCUCAGUGCAAUAUCAACGGUUCAAUUAUAGUUACAAUAAACACAAUUUGCAUAUACAAAUGAAUGUUUCUGAGUAGAGAAGCAUGGCUUAGAUCAAAUUACAAAGCUACUUCCUAGUUAUGUUCUUGUUUUCAAUUGAGAAAAUCAACACAGCACUGGUAAAGAGCUUGGAAACAAAAUCCACUUUUACACAAGACCUAACCUUAAUUUGAAAAAUUAAAAUAAUGGAUGAAUGGCACAAGACUCAUUGUCAUCCUCUUGGUGGAGGUGACUUCAGAAAUGGAAGCGGAAAAGAGGAGAAUCUAUUUUUAUGUUUUUGCCUGUAACAAUUCAUCAUGAUUCAUCACUUGGCUGCGUUUUUGUCCCUCUCCAUAAGACUGACCAGUUGUUAUGAUUGUGGAGAAAAACGGUCGAGGGAGACAAAGAUCUCGUGUACAUAAUGAGACCUGUGUAUAUAUUAUAGAUACAUUUUAUUCCAGUAGUGAUCGCCUCUGCCUUUUGUUUAUUUUUAUUCAUUUGAAAAAAAAGUUCUUUUGCAGGCGUUGCUAACUGCACUGUGCUUGAAUCUGAAUUCUAGACAAAGAUGUACAGCUUCAUCAUCAUUAAAAAACUUAUUAAAGAAUGGCAAAUGAAAAA